CAUCACAAAUUAUUAUGUAGUAGUACUAUAUAAUAUAUCCUUCUCUCAAAAUUAUUGAACAAUAAUAACUUUCCCAUGGAGAUCGAAAUCCCAUCAUUUCCAGUUGUUCUUUUCUAUUCAUUCAUCUUCUUCUUGUUAUUAAUGGCAAUAAAUGUAAUAAUAAUAAGAAAAACUAUUCAAUCUUCAAACCUCCCACCAGGACCAAAGGCACUACCCAUAGUGGGAAACAUUCACCACCUUAUUGGCUCUUCAUUAAUCCAUCACACACUCAGAGAUUUAGCCAAGAAAUAUGGACCCUUGAUGCACUUAAAAAUUGGUGAAGUUCCAACCAUAGUAAUCUCAUCACCAGAAUAUGCCAAACAAGUCAUGAAAGUCCAUGAUGUUGUUUUUGCAUCAAGACCCUCAAUUCUUUUUUCGAAAAUCAUGUUAUAUGAUGGUGCUGGUCUUUCUUUUGCUCCAUAUGGUGAGCAUUCGAGACAAGUUAGGAAGAUUUUCAUGCAAGAGCUUUUGAGUACAGCAAGAGUUGAGUCUUUUAGAUUUAUUAGAGAAGAAGAAAUGUUCAACUUCAUGGAAUCGAUUUCAUCGAAUGUUGGCCGUGUUAUUAGUCUAAGGGAGAAGCUCAACAUGUUGAUGUACAACAUUAUUUCGCGUGCGGCCUGUGGUAGGACAAGGAUUCACAACCAAGAGUUUGUGCCUGUGUUGAAGGAAGCUAUUGAGGUAUCAUUAGGGUUUGAACUUGCUGAUUUGUUUCCUUCUUUUAAGUUAUUUUAUCACAUGAGUCGUUCUAAACCUAAACUCGAGAGGCUUAGAGAAAGGGCGGCAAGAAUAUUUGAAGAGAUCAUCCAUGAGCACAAGAAGAAAAAGCCAGAAGAGAAGGGUGAUGAAGACUUGGUUGAUGUUCUUCUUAAGUAUCAUGAAAAUGAUGGCCAUGGAUUUUCUUUGACAAGUGAAGAUCUUUAUGCAAUAAUCUUUGAAAUAUUUGCUGGUGGAAUUGAGACUUCAUCAACAUCAGUAGAAUGGACUAUGUCAGAAUUGAUGAAGAAUCCAAAGAUAAUGAAAAAGGCACAAGAUGAGGUUAGAGAAGUCUUUCACAGAAAAGAGUUGGGAAAUGAGAGAGCACUCGAUGAGAUGAAAUACUUAAAAUCAGUUAUCAAAGAAUCCAUGAGACUUCAUCCUACUCUACCAUUAUUAUUGCCAAGACAAAAUCAAGAGAAGUGUGUGAUUAAUGGUUAUGAGAUACCUGCUAAAACCAACACACUAGUUAAUGCAUGGGUAAUUGGAAGAGAUCCUACGUAUUGGCCUCAACCUGAGAUUUUUAAACCCGAAAGGUUCUUAGAUGAUAACAAUUCUAACAACUUCGAAUAUCUCCCGUUUGGUGGUGGAAGGAGAAUGUGUGUUGGUAUGUCUUUUGGGCUCCUCAAUGUUGAGCUUUCUCUAGCAUUGUUGCUAUAUCACUUUGAUUGGAUACUUCCUAAUGGAUUGAAACAUGAAGAUUUAGACAUGAGUGAGUCUUUUGGUGCAACCCUUCAAAGAAAAAAUGUUCUACAAGUUACUCCUAUCACUUAUGAACUAUCAACUAGCACUGCAAAAUAACAAGAAAUAAUAUGAUAGUAAUGUAUAGUAUGGUACAAAUUAGUGCAUUAAUUUGUCUUGGUGUUAUCCAUAAUGUAAAUGUACAUAUAUUGUGAAUAAGUUUAAAUUAUCAAUAUUCUACGAGUAAAUACUAUUUUGGACCAUAUGUUCUGUAAAAGUUAUUAAUUGGAUCCUUUAUUUUGUGAAAUGAUAAAA